ACAACAAUGGCUACUUCAGAAGACAGAAUAAUAGCAUUGAUAGACAUGGAUUGUUUUUUUUGUCAAGUUGAAACGAGAGAACACCCUGAAUUUAAAGGUAAGCCGCUGGUUGUGACGCAGUUUAACCUGGUAUUAGCAGUAAACUAUGAAGCUAAAGCCCUAGGAGUCUCCAGGUUUGUCAGCGGCAACAAAGCCAAGGAACAAUGUCCAGAAUUAGAAUUGAUAAGUGUUCCUAUAUUACGAGGUAAAGGAGAUGUUUCCAAGUAUCGCGCCGCUGGUCAAGAGGUUAUUGACGUGCUUAAGGAUCAUUGUCCAGUAAUUGAACGUGCUAGCGUUGAUGAAGCUUAUUUGGAUAUUACAAGUCUUGUAGAGGAUAAAAUUGACUCGAUUACUUGUUCGUCGAAGGAAGUUAUUUCUAAAUUGAAUAAUACAUUUGUUGUAGGCUACUGUGGAGAUGACAAUGAUGAAGAGAAGCGAAAAGACGGAUUGGACACUUGGGUCAGAGAGUCUUUCGAUGAUCUCGGUGAUAUUCAAGCUCGAAAGCUAGCAGUCGCAGGGAUGAUUGUCGAAGAACUUCGAACUGAAAUUUUUAACAAGUGCCAGUUUAGAUGUUCCGCAGGUAUUUCAUACAAUAAAGUCCUAGCCAAGCUGGCUUGUGGGCUUCACAAACCGAAUAAGCAGACAAUCCUACCGGCUACUAGUGUCCCGAGGUUGUUUUCAUCGUUACCGAUUAAUAAAGUCCGUAGUCUGGGUGGUAAAGUUGGAAAGGAUGUCGUUGAAUCAUUGGGUUGUAACGUGAUGGCUGACUUGCUGAAAUUUUCUCUGCAAGAUUUGCAAAAACAUUUUGACCAGAAGACUGGAAUUAAAUUGUACAAUAUUGCAAGAGGAAUUGAUCAUGAACCAGUCACGCCGAGAUUGAUUUGCAAGUCUAUUGGAGCGAGUAAAAAUUUUUCAGUCAAACAAGCUAUCACUGAUUUGGAUUCUUUGAAGCAGUGGGUCGACUCAUUGACGGAUGAUGUCUGUAAUCGUCUGGAGCAAGACUAUGAAGAGAAUCAUCGACGAGCUUCGAACUUAACGAUUAGUUAUCAAUAUUAUCAGAAUGGAAAAAGCAUUUCCCAGUCGCGGACAUUGCCCUUGGCUGGUUACAAAGCUAAUAGGAUUGCCAGUCAGGCUUUAAGUAUCAUCUCCAAGUCAAUUGACAAGCCGAUUGUAGCUCUAAGUAUCGCUGGUGGUAAGUUUAUCGAUGCUCAGAAUGAUGGAAGCUUUGUUAAUUAUUUCAAGACAAUCCAGAAACAGUCGCAGCAGGCAAAUAGUGAUUUUAGGCAAGAGUCUGACGAGAAUUUAGAUCUUGGUAAUUUUGAUUCUGAAGAUUGUGAUGUUGAAGGGAUUGAAAAAGUAUCUUUAGAAGAAAAUUAUGUUGAUACCGUCGUUGAAAGUAGAAUCAAUGUUAAGCUGCGAGAAAUUUUUCCUGAUCUUGAAAAUAUUGACCCUGCGGUAGUUGAAUUGCUACCAUCUGAACUGCAACAAGCAGCUAGAGUUUAUUUAAAAUCUGACAAUAAAGUUCCUGACAAUGUUAAGUCUUCACAAGAUAAAAUUAAAAAUGAAGAAAAAUUAAAACCUGUUAGUAUUAAAUCUCCGCAAAAUAAAGUUAAAAAUGGGAAAAAGUAUGUUAAAUCAAAGUCAAGUAAUAGUAAUAAUAAAUCAUGUGAAAAAAAUCAAAGUAAUAUUAAUAAAUUUGUUGUUAAAAAUAAUAAUGAUACUUCAAUGAUGAUACGUUGUAGUGAAUGUAAUCAAAUGAUUUUAAAUGAAAAGUAUCUCGAACACUGUGAUUAUCAUGUCGCACAUAAUUUACAAAAAAAUAUUAAUCAACCAUCGAAUAGUGGAACAAGUUCUGCUAAUAAACGAAAUCGAGACGCUGGAAGCACUCCGAAAUCUAAUAAAAAGAAAAAAAGUAUUAAAUCGUAUUUUUGUUCCAAAUAA